CCGUAGUCAAUCGAAGGCUGUAAAGAUCGAUACUUCGGAUAAAUAACAUCGCAGUUGACCAUCUGGAACAAGUGUGCCCUCUAUGCGAUAAUGCCACUCGAUGCACCAUCUAGCAGUGAUCCCUCACACUAUAACGUUAUCAACUUUAUCCUUAAUUUGUUGAGAAAGAAGAUGCGUUAAUGGACGGAUCGAAAUAGUGCUGAGUUCAAACAAUGCUGAUCGGCACAAAUCACAAAAAUGAAAGGGAACAAAAUGAGCGCGAAAAGGAAUCCACAGCAUUUUCUGUCUGCAGACGACAAGGAUGUAGGCAAAGAUUUCGGCUCUCUCGUAAACAUGCCGCUCUCGAAAGGCGGGCAUUUCGUCUUCAAAUCGGAGAAGGAUUGGUCUGCCGUUGACUUUUCGUCGGAAUACUCGGAAUUUUUCACCUUGAAUCUAAACACACUGUCAGUCGCAUUCAAUAGUAUUCCCUUCAAUGAGUACGUCGACGUAGAUGAUAGGUACUUCACAAGCGAUCAACUAACGAGUAUCUGUAAUAAAGCGGAGGAAAGCAAAGCAGCUCACAAUUCUACUUUGAAUGUUGCGAAAACGUCUAGUUCGUUAAAUACUAUACUCACGGGAAAUGAGGUGAACGAGAAUGUCAGGACGGAACAACUAGAAUCGUUGGAAAGCGAGAAAAUUUUAUCACAAGAUCUUGAUAGCUUGGAAGACGAUGUGGAUUUUUUAUUGUCUUUAGAUAAACCUGUUGAGAGGAAUUUGCCGAAAAUCACGACCUUUAGUAUACCUUCUACUUCUAUGUGUUCUAAUAACGAUUCUAAAUCAAAAUCAAAGAAUAUUCCAGCCAAACCAUUAGACCUGGAGAAAUGGUUAGAUUCUGUCUUAGAUGAUUGAUUUCAAUUUUUUUUUUAUAUGAAAAAGUAAUAAAGUAUCAUUUGAUAUAAAGGAAAGGUUAUUAAUGGAGCAUCUGUCUAGUUAUCAUAUAUAACAUAUAAAGUCAUAUUUUUAUACAGUUAAUAGAUGAAAACAAAAUCAUAAAUUUUCAUUCUGCUCUUAACGUACACACAUGUAUAUAUAUAUAUAUAUAUAUAUAUAUAUAUAUAUAUAUAUAUAUAUAUAUAUAUAUAUAAUAUAUAUAUAUAUGUAUGUAUGUAUGUGUAAGAAAUGCAUCUUCUUGGAGAAUAACUUGUCCUUAUAGUUAUCUUAUAAUUCCUUUAAAUGCAGCAUAAAAAUUAUUCUUUGAAUUUCCUUGUAAGAUACGCAUGCGUAUAGUCAUAUACAACAAGCAUGAUGGCACCACCUGGGCCUAAUCUCAACACCUUUGGCACUAAGCCUUUGUACAAAGCUCUGAAUCUGAGAUAAUGUAAAAGUAACAUAUGAGUGAGCAAAACCAUGCAUAAUUCUAUGUAAAUGAAUUAUAUAUAAAUACCCUUCUCUCUUGUAAACAAUAUACAUAGUGUUCAGUG